UGUAAUGCAUAGUAAUGUGAAAUAAAAAUAUAGUUUAAUUUAUUAUAAUUUAAAUUUCGCGCCACUGAGUGCCACAUUUAUAAUGCACUGUGUCCACUUGUAUUCCAUUUAUAUUAUAAUAUAUUGUUAUUUUUAAAGACAAUAAUUCAAUUAAUUUAAACUUAAGAAAGUAAACACAUAGUCUUGGAAACAUUUAUACUAAAUAAUUGUUUAUUUUUAAAAUCAAUUAUGAAAACUCUUACACAUGUGCAACGUGUACGAAUGUUAUACAAAAUGAUUUUGAGGUUACAUCGUGGUUUACCUGUUGAAAUGCAAUCUCUUGGAAAUGAUUAUGUUCAUGAUGAAUUUAGAAGACAUAAAACGUGCAAUCCUACUGAAUCACAUAUUUUUUUAAAUGAAUGGACGGAUUAUGCAUUGUCAUUAGCUAAACAACUUGGAUUGCGUGGACCAAAGACAUCACAACCACUAGGAAAAAGUUUAACAGAAGGAGAUUUGGAUAAAUUAAAGGAUGAACAAUUACAUCAAUUAUAUGAAUUAAUGGUAGCAGCAACAGGAAAAUCAGAAAAUAAAUCAGAUAAAUCAUAAAUUCAAUAUUUAUGAACGUAAAGUAAAGAAUAGAAAGAUACUAAUCUCUAGUACUUAUUUCAAAUAAGAUGUACAAAUGUUAUAUUA